AUGAGCGAAUCAAAAUCUAAUAAAAAUGCUGCUGCAUCAUCUAAAUCAACAACAUCAUCAAAUAUUCGUCAACCACAGCAACGUAUGGCACAAAAUUACCUUGUUAUAUGGGUAGAUGCCAACAUCGACGAAACAAACAGGGAUUGCCAAGAUACAUUGAUUCAAUUGAAGAAUGUGGUUAACGACAUUAACCUAUGCACUCAAUCGGAUCAGUGCAUCCAAAUACUUAACCAGGUUGACCAUGAAAGAGUCUUUGUCAUAACACCAGGUUCCUUUGGCGAACAUUUGGUUCCUGAAAUUCAUGACAUGCCAAAGUUAGAUGCAGUUUACAUCUUAUGUGCCAACAAAUCCAGACAUGAAGGAUGGACACAAAACUGGACAAAAAUAAAAGGUGUCCAUACAAAUAUCAAAGAAAUUUGUCAAGUAUUGAAAUUGGCUGUUAAGCAAUGCGACCGGGACUCAAUUGCCGUAAGUUUUCUCACGGCAAAUGAAUUGGCUUCAACUGAGAAUUUAAAUCAGUUGGAGCCAAACUUUAUGUAUACCCAACUAUUCAAGGAAAUUCUUCUUGAUAACAAAUACGGUGAUAAGGCAAUGAAGGACUUAGCAGCUUAUUGCCGCGAAUUUUUUAGCGGCGAUCCAGCUGAAUUAAAAAAUAUUGAUGAGUUCCAAUAUCAUUAUCGUCCACAACAAGCAAUACGAUGGUAUACACGUAAGUGUUUUAUCUGGCCAAUGCUCAAUCAAGCACUUCGAGUAAUGGAUGCCGAUAUAAUCAUUAAAAUGGGCUUCUUUCUACGUGAUGUACAUACACAAAUUCAACAACUGUAUGAACAACAGAUCAGUAGUUAUGAUGGAAAGUCUUUUGUAGUUUAUCGAGGACAAGGUUUUAUGAAAUCAGACUUCGAAAAACUUCAGCAAACAAAAGGUGGACUAAUGUCAUUUAACAAUUUCUUGUCCACCAGCAAAAAUAAAGAAGUGUCACUCGGUUUUGCUCGACGUGCUUCGUCAAAUCCGAAUAUGGUGCGCAUUCUUUUUAUAAUGUCCAUUAAUCCUUGUGUUAAAUCAGCACCAUUUGCUUCCAUUAAACAGGAAAGUUUUUAUACGAAACAAGAAGAAAUUCUCUUCUCAAUGCAUACUGUCUUUCGAGUGGGUGCAGUUAAACAAAUCAACAGUAAGACUCAACUUUAUCACGUUGAAUUAGAAUUAACGUCAGAUGAUGAUCAACAACUACGAUUACUUACUGAUCUGAUACGAGAAGAAGCUGAUGAUCAUACAGCAUGGCAGAGAUUGGGUGCCUUAUUGCUUAAAAUCGGUCAAUUCAAGAAAGCUGAAGAACUUUAUAACGCUUUACUUGAACAGACAUCUGAUCACGAUGAAAAAGCACUUUAUUAUGUUUCUCUGGGAUAUGCUUACAAUAAACAAGGUGAUUAUGAAAAGGCUAUUCGGUAUUAUGAAGAAGGACUUGAAAUAUCUCAAAAAACUCUUCCUUCAAAUCAUCCUGAUUUGGUUAUUUUAUACAACAAUAUCGGUAAUGUGUACGACAACAUGGCAGAGUACCCGAAAGCACUUUCAUUUUAUGCGAAAGCACUUGAAAUUACACAAAAAACUCUUCCUUCAAAUCAUCCUGAUCUGGCUACUUCAUACAACAAUAUCGGUAGUGUGUAUGACAAGAUGGGAGAGUACUCGAAAGCACUUUCAUCUCACGAAAAAACUGGUCCAUUGCAUCACCUUUUGUUGGCUAAUUCAUAUAGCAACAUGGGUGAUAUGUAUGACAAGAUCGGACAGUACUCGACAGCAAUUUUAUUUCACGAAAAAGCACUUGACAUCCGACAAAAACUUCUUCCUUCAAAUCAUCCUCAUUUGGCUACUUCAUACAACAGUAUUGGUAAUGCGUAUGACAGCAUGGGAGAGUACUCGAAAGCACUUUCAUUUUACGAAAAAGCACUUGAAAUCUAUCAAAAAAGUCUUCCUCCAGAUCAUCCUGAUCUUGCUACUUCAUACAACAACCUCGGUUAUGUGUAUGAUAAGAUGGGAGAGUACUCGAAAGCACUUUCAUUUCACGAAAAAGCACUUGAUAUUCGAAAACAAAUUCUUCCUUCAAACCAUCCUGAUCUAGCUAGUUCAUACAACAACAUUGGUAGUGUGUAUGACAAGAUGGGAGAGUACUCGAAAACACUUUCAUAUUUGAAAAAAGCACUUGAAAUUUGUCAAAAAACUCUUCCUUCAACCCAUCUUUUAUUGGCUACUUCAUACAACAACAUCGGUAGUGUAUAUGACAAGAUGGGGAAGUACUUGAAAGCACUUUCAUUUCACGAAAAAACACUUGAAAUCUAUCAAAAAAGUCUUCCUCCAGAUCAUCCUUCAUUGGCUUCUUCAUACUGCUGCAUCGGUAGUGUGUAUUACAACAUGGGAGAGUACUCGAAAGUAUUUUCAUUUUUUGAAAAAGCACUUGAUAUAAGACAAAAAACUCUUCCUUCAAAUCAUCCUGAUUUGGCUAGUUUAUACAACAACAUCGGCAGUGUGUAUGACAAGAUGGGAGAGUACUCAAAAGCACUUUCAUUUUACGAAAGAACGCUUAAAAUUGGUCAGAAAACUCUUCCUUCAAAUCAUCCUCAUUUGGCUAUUUCAUACAAUAACAUCGCUAAGGUGUAUUACAGUAUGAAAGACUAUUCCAGAACAGUUUCAUAUUUUGAACGUGCUCUAGACAUAUUCCAACGGGCAUUACCUUCAACUCAUCCUCAUAUAAAAAUGGUGAAAGAAAGUAUUGAAAUUGCAAAAGAAGAUAUGAUAAAGAAUAGUUAA